ACAUGUCCAGGAGGAAGUCCACAGGCCAGCUGGUGCCCAGGGACAUGUUGGAGAUGAUGGGGCGCCAGGUGAGAGUCCAGCGUGCAGAGCAGCACAAGGCAGGAAGUGCUCUGGGUCAGGCCUUCAGCUGGCUGAGGAGCAGCCAGAAGAAGAAGAAGAUGAAGAAGAAGAUGAAGAAGAAGAAGAAGGAGAGCGACGUGAGGGAGACGGAUGAUGAGGACGCUGCAAAAGCUUGUGCCAAGGUCCAUGACGAGCAGAAGAGGGUGUCGGUCCACUACGCGGCCUCACAACACUUCCAGGAGAACGUGUUCAUCGAGGGCAGCAGGCCUCAGUUCCUGGAGGACCUGCACUCGGAGGCUCAGGAGGGCUUGAAGAUACAACAGAAGGAAGGUAAGUUGCAUUUAUAUGGUUUGUUGAGUUUUAUACUUACUGUUGAUUUGCUUUCGAAAGAGCACGAGAGUGGAGUGAACUUUGCUGAAGAUGAACGCAUUGCUUCGUCAGACACAGCACUUCCGGAACAAGAUGUUAACUGCAAAAAUGAGGGGGGCACACUGGAAUGGCAAUCCAACUCAGGGAUUACAGAUACUGUGUCCACCAGAUCUGCACUCACUCGCCAAGGUUCGACAUUUAAGCCUUUGUACCCAGUGAAAAGGUUAGAUCAGAACAAAAAGAAGAACAGGAGGACAACCAUCAUGGGUAUUCCCAACCAGGUGCAGAAAGAACUUGCAUUACACAGAGGUUCCACCUUCCAGCAGGUUGUUUCUACCAACAACAACAACAACCAAUCAGAUGUUUUCAUCAUUCCAACUUUUGAUGGAGGGACUCCAGUAGUGACCAAGCAGGGAGCAAGGGUGCACCUUUCAGACCUGGAGCAGGUAACUGGUGAUAAGCAGCAAACGAGAAAGCAUCCUCAGGAAGCGUACGAGGAGGAGGAGGAGCCCUUAAACCAUCAAGAAUUUGGAUCCCAUUGCUAUCGCUCAUCUGUCCUCAGACCCAAGUCUGUUGUGGUCCCUGGCAUGACUACUUUCGCUUCCUUUAAUCCUUCAAAGAGUAGCUUCUUCUUAGAGCCCCAGGGUCCAGUGAUGUCCAUAUCUCCCCAGGCUACUUAUCUAUCUACAAUCAUCCCCAAUGCGGUGUUGCCAGCCUCGAUUGAAGUCAUCGAGAUAGAUCUCAAUGGUGUCAAAAGUGCUGGGAGUGCUCACACGGCAAGCAAAACUAGCCCCGCAUCUUUGGACUCAACGGUCAGCCCUUUGCUCUCUAGAAGAUCAGAUGGUUUGCACAUAGAAAAUUCCUCCAACUCUACAACAGAGGUUUGUAAUGCACAAGAAGUGGACUUCAAAGUGAGGGAAAGUAUUGUGAAUUCUAAAGAGGACCAAGAAUUUGCCAGCCUCCACACAUCAGUCAGUCUCGUUAGCAGAAACAGGGAAGCACACAAAGAUCCGAAGCCUGAGAAUGAUGCAAAGAUAAAACGCAAUUCCACCCGAAGCCUGUCAAUCACCAAGACUAAGCAACCCCCAGCGCCGCCACGAAGAUCCAACUCCCUUCAUUGCAAUAAGAUCAGGACCAAUACAAGGAUUCAGGUGGAUGAAAUAUAUGUCCCUGCUUCUCAAGGGUUAGCAAGUACUACAGCAGACAUCAGAUCAACAGAGCAACUAAAAUCAGAAACUAACAAAAUCCCAAACCCUGUAUCAAAGACCUCUCCAAACCCCACAGAGAUUUCUGACGGUGAGGCUACAAAAUCUUUGUCAGAAAUCCACCCACAGAAAACUCCCUCAGAAGGUGACAAAUUUGAGCGCACCAUGUCGCCUUCCAGUGGCUACUCCAGUCAAAGCGGCACUCCAACGCUUUCCCCUAAAGAGAUCACCCACAGCUCUCCAGACAAACACAAGAAGAAUCCAGCUAAGCCCGAAAGAUCUGUGUCUCGAGCCUCAUCCUCAGCUUCUCCUUCCUCUUCACUUACGUCUUUAUCAUCUGGUACAUCAGAAGCUAUUAGCUCAGGUAUUUCUUGUUUGGCCCCAAUUUCUGCUAAAGAACCCACUCCAACUUUGAAAAUGGAAGAGUUGUUAAAUGUCCCACCGCCUCCCAAAGUCAAAGCACCAUGUCCUCCACCCCCCGAGACUUGGGCCCAGAACAGUCGCACCAUUGAGCUCCUGUGUGGUCCGAGCCCCAAAGUCAGCAAAAUACUGGAGGAAUCAAGACCGAUAAAGGAAAGCACGGGUAAAGAUGAACACAGUCAACUAAAAAAGGAAGACCUACAUGUCUCCAAAUCAUCAGAAAGAAAUUCUAAAACUGAGAAAUUGUCAGCAAUCAAUUCUGAGGAUGCCCAUGAGGAUCACGAGUGUUUAAUUACAAAACAAAAUACAUUUGUAGUUCAGACAAGGGUUGAAACACCAACAAAAGUACAAAGACAAGAGAGUUGUUGCCCCACAAUGAAAGACUCUGAUAGUUGUGAAAUCGCCACAAAGACCAAAUUGUCUCCUGUUAUGAAGAACCCACAGACAGUACUGCAGACAGAAGAUGUGGUGUUGACAGAGUCUUCAUUGGAAACAUCUGUUGGUGAGAAUGAGGUGGGCACCAAUGAAGUCCUAGUGACUUUUAUAGAACCUCAAGGGGUUUAUGAGGCGAUAGUAUCAACUUCUGCUCCACCUGAUCAUCAGCCAACACCUCCUCUUUUGAGAAAGUCACCUCCCAUCUCAGAACCACUUGUUGAUUUAGACAAAGUACAGAAAGAGAUCCUCAACAUAGAAUCCUCCUGGCCACCUCCUCCGCCUCCUUUACAGGGAGAUUAUAUUUUUGAUGGAGCGGAUGAGUUGGACUUUCCUCUUCCGCCUCCGCCUGAUGUGAGGGAUGAUGUUUCAGCUGUGAUGGACAAGUGCAGCACAGGGAUUGAUGAUAUGGACACACCAAUUCCACCUUUGGAGGAAUUUGUUAAGUUAAUUCAGGACUCAAGUGAAGGUUCGACAUCUAAACCACCCGAUCCAGUCUUGCGCCCUGUUGUAGUUGUAGACAAUAAAGAUUCCGACACUAUUUUAUCUUGUCCAACAUCUUCUUCCAUUAGCCCACCAUCUGUAAAAGCAUCUUCCAGCCGUUUCACCAAGCGCCACUCUCUGGAAGUUGAAAUCCACUCAACUACUGAACAUUCUCUCACGGCCCGACUCCCUUCCCCAGUUCCAACAACCUCACCCAUGGAGAACCUUACAGCUGGGGUUGUUUUUCGAAGACCACCCAGUAGUGCACAUAGAGAAAACCGGAGCAAGGAGCUGCUGGCUCGCCACAAAAGUGCACCCAUUCCCAAAGAGGACGCCAACAUACCACUUGUCACCCCCUCUUUACUUCAGAUGGUCCGCCUAAGAUCCGUCAGCACAACUGAGGAUAGCGAGGCAGCUAUCACGGAAGACGAGUCAAUAAAAGGAGGAGCUUCAGUUCAAAACAUUUGCCGGCAGCAAAGCCCUCCACAAAAGCCCAUCCGUAAGUCCAUAACAUCGCCGCCUCAAGUGGUAAAAACAUCUGUGACACCCAGCACCCCUUCCAUGCGUUUACAAGAAGCCAUUCGUAUAAAAACCGCAGCCCUGACAUCAAGAGAGGGUCUGCCAUGCCGGCUAGGGAUGAGAACAUCGUACCACUGUGCCAACGAAUCAGGGAUUUUGCCCCUUAAAACCUGUGAAGCAUAUGACAAACAGCAGUUCCAGACUUCCACUGCGAGCUUCAUCUUUUCCAGGAGCACCAAAAGGGCUCUUGAAGACCAAUCACCAAUCUUCGACCAAACACACAGGGUAAAGUCUGACAGGGUUCCCCCACCAGUCGCCAGGAAACCGUCUCACGGCGGUGUCAGUUUUUCACAGGAGCCCAGUUUUGCCAUUGGUGAUCCGCAACAACAUUCCAAAGGAAUUGCACUACCAGAGACAACAACAAGAGUGACUGCAGACACAAUUGAAACACUGUUUUGAAAGCACUUUGCGGUAAUUCACCGAGACAACCAACAGAAACAAGCAAAGCCUACAAGCAAGACUGCAAUCAAGGGCCGCCAUUACUGACACUCAGACUUCAAAAGCCUUAGCCUGUAAUGGCCUUCCAAAUGUAUUUAUGCAAAUCAGUAUCUCCCACAUUCUUCUGAUAGCUUUAUUCUGAAGUAUUUUUCUAAGCGUCAAUCCAACAACGCCCCUCAGGAUAAAAUUGUGUACAUAUGUUGUGUAAAUAUGGUUUGAGGGCGCCCCCCGGAGGUAGGCAACACUCACUUCAGUGUGCUUUUGUACAGAGAUUUAGAGGAGAAGGUUUGCUAACAUAAUGAACAUACAUGAGAGGAGAUUAUUGUGGAAACAAAGAGGUCAUUCUCUGCUUUAGUCUUUUUGUUUGUUGGCUUUUCACUGUGAUAAAGGGAAAGAAGAAGUUGUGUCAUUUAGAACAGAAGCACUUUUGUAUAGGUACAAAUGAUCAACUAUUAAAAUGUUUUUAUCAUACCACCAUCAUUUGUCUCCUGGGUGUAAUAAAAAGACACAUUUUGAGAUACAUUUAUGCAAAGCAGCAAUCCUAUUAUUUAUUCAUGUUUGUGUCCCUUGAGGACAAGGACCAGAUAGAACUGCACCACAAUCACAAGACACUUUUUUUUUUUAGGUCACAUGUGAUUUUGUUUGUUUGUUAAUCAUGAUAUUAAUGUCCCAUAAGUAUAUUUCUGUGCAAUGUUACCCAUGAUGUCAGUUGAAUAUUUUAAAUACAGAUCUAGUGUGUAAUUAUGAGCGCGUAAAGUCACAAUAUUUUCAAUGACAAGUCCACACUUUCUUCCCUUU